CCCUCAAAGUCACGCGCGUUCGACUGCUCCAGUGAAAGACACUGUCCUUUCCGUCUCAUCAAUCAAGACAUUUCUGCCGAAAAGCGAGAGCACGAGCGAAGGUGCAGGGGCAAUUCGACAGAAGGAGAACGAAGUGUGGGGAAUCUCAGCUUUUAUUGAACGAAUAUCGAGGCCAUCAUGGCUACCGGAUUGCCAGCAGGCUGGGAGGUCCGGCACUCGAACAGCAAGAAUUUGCCAUACUACUUCAACCCCAGCACGAAGGAAUCGAGAUGGGAGCCGCCGGCGGACACCGACAGCGAGACGCUCAAGCAUUACAUGGGCCAGUACCACACGGCCAACCUGCGGCAGGAGGGGGUGGCGAACCAGCAAAGUCUUGACGGCAAGAUCCGGUGCGCGCACCUUCUCGUCAAGCAUCGCGAGUCCAGACGGCCCUCUUCCUGGCGCCAGGCGGAGAUCACGCGGUCCAAGGAUGAGGCGAUGGGCAUCAUCCAGGGACACGAAGAGAAAAUCAAGAACGGGUCGACGAGCUUGGGCGAUCUCGCAACUACCGAGAGCGACGACAGUUCCGCACGCAGACGUGGUGACUUGUGAGUAUCUCGCACAGAGCCGUGCGGAAUGCCGCUCUUACCCUGGUGGAACGAGCACAAGCAUGGCUGUGAUUUUGUGCGCCUGCAGCUAACGCGCGUUACAGGGGCUUCUUCGGAAGAGGCGACAUGCAAAAGGAGUUUGAGGAAGCCGCUUUCAACUUGAAGCCCGGCGAGGUAUCGACGGUGGUGCAGACUGCUUCAGGGCUGCAUCUUAUAGAGAGGUAUGUGAACGGAGCGAAUUCCGACCGGCCGCGAUGCCUUUGCACGAUUCUCUACGUCGCGUUGCACCAGGCUGUCGGGGCCCGCAUUUUUGUGACACCCGCGAACUUUGGAUUGACAACAUUUCCUGCAGGCUCGAAUAAUUCCCCCG